CAUUUACCUUUCUCUUCCUCACGAAGUUCGGUUCAGACAAAAGAGAUGAUGGAUUGGGACAAUAAGCAGCAACUCAAUGGAGGAGGAAUAUACGUGAAGGUGAUGACCGACGAGCAGCUUAAAACUCUGAGGAAGAACUCUGUUUUAUUAACUUCAACAACUCUGUUUUGA